AUGAAUCCUGCCCCUGAGCCCGAGUGCCAGCCUGAGAUGAUCCAGGGCCUCCGCCAGCUGACCAUCGCUGUGCUGUCUGUGUCCUUUGCGGUUGGCGUGGUGGCCAACGGGCUGGUGCUCUGGAUGAUGGCUUUCCGAAUGCCGCGCUCUGUUACCACCAUCUGGUUCUCCAACCUGGCCUCUGCAGACUUCAUGGCCUUACUGCACUUGCCGGUCAGCAUAUACAGCGUGGUCACUGGCCAGUGGCCCCUCACAGCUGCAGCCUGCAAGCUCUACAUGGCCUUCUUGGCCGUCAGCUGCUUCACCAGCAUCUGGUUCCUGGUCCUCAUCUCCCUGGACCGCUGCGUCUCCGUCGUUCACCCGGUCUGGUCCCGCCACCACCGCACGGCACAGCGAGCAGCCUGGCUGGCUGUGUGUGUGUGGCUCCUGGCUCUUGUCGCUUGCUCUCCAAACUUGAUUUUCCGAGACACUGAAAAACAGAAGGGAUGUGGACACUGCACCUUCAAGUUUACCACUAAGGCCAGGGAUGACUCCAAGGCUGUGGAGGGGAAAGUCGCUGUGACCCUCAUUCACAUCCUGCUGGGCUUCCUGGCACCCUUGGCGAUCAUCAGUACCUGUGCCCACCUCAUCCGCACCCGGCUUCGGCCGUAGGGCUGUGCCUAUGCCCGCUGGCCAAAGAGGCUGCUGCUCGUGCUGGCGAGCUUUUUUGCCUUCUGGUUCCCGUUUAACACGGUGCUGGUGGUCCGACUGUGGCAGUGGCAAGCCGAAAAUAAGCUGCAGCCCAUCAUCUGGGCUACCUUCUCCCUGGGUUGUUUCAACAGCUGCCUCAACACUUUCCUCUAUGUCUUCAUUGGCAGAGAUUUCCAAGAGAAGUUUUUUCAGUCUUUACCUUCCGUCUUGGCCCGGGCAUUUGGCGAGGAGGGCUUUUUCUCAGCCUGUCCCCAAGGUGAAGCCCCCAGGAGAUGA